AUGGCACCAAUCACUGAUAGCCACAUCGAUGAUCUCAAGGAGCUCGUCCACAAGCUCGAAGGUCGAGUGCAUGACCUUGAGCGCAGACUGGAGAGCGGAGGGAAGAAGCCAACACCAGUUGAGUCGAUGCGGAUGAUCCUCAUUGGCCCUCCUGGCGCAGGCAAGGGAACUCAAGCCCCUCGCAUCAAGGACCGAUACUGCAUAUGCCACCUGGCAACCGGCGACAUGCUGCGCGCGCAAGUCGCGAAAAGAACUCCUCUGGGACGGGAAGCCAAGAAGAUCAUGGACCAAGGUGGUUUGGUCAGCGACGAUAUCAUGAUCAACAUGAUCAAGAAUGAGCUCGAGACGAACAGAGAAUGCGAAAAUGGCUUUAUCCUGGAUGGCUUCCCCCGAACGGUCACCCAAGCAGAGGGUCUGGAUUCCAUGCUUGAAGCCGAGAGCAAACCUCUGAAGCACGCCAUCGAACUUCAGAUUGAUGAUGGUCUCCUCGUCUCUCGUAUCACUGGUCGAUUGGUCCAUCCUGCCUCGGGCCGAACAUACCACAAGGUCUUCAAUCCUCCUAAGGAACCCAUGAAGGACGAUGUGACCGGCGAACCCUUGAUCCAACGAACCGAUGACAAUGCCGAUACUCUUAAGAAGAGACUGAGCACCUAUCAUCAACAGACGGCACCCGUGGUCGGAUACUACAAGAACAAGGGUAUUUGGGCUGGUAUCGAUGCCAGCCAGGACCCAGACCAUGUAUGGAAGAGCAUUCUGGCCGUGUUUGGCGAUGCCAAGGCCGGCUCCUCGUCGAGCAGGAUCUUGAGCAAGAUUGGGUUGGCUCGGUAG